AUGGCGAACAAGAAGAAACCUUACAUCAAGAAGUCUGUUAACGGCGAGCCAGAUCCGCACCCGAAACAAUCUCAUGCAAGCGGAUCACAGCAAUCUCGCGGAGACUCGCUGAUUGAAUAUAAUCAGCCUGAAUCAUCUCCUUAUGAGUCUCCAACCAUCACUAUUCGAAUAGGACACAGAACAUACAGGAUUCCAGUAUGCUACAUCCAAAAUUACCCACAGUUCAGCAGUCCCCAGCCAUGGGAACCGCAUUACACCCUUUCUGAGGUGGAUGACGAGGUUGGUCACACCAUCGUGCACUUCUUGUGUACCGGUAAUUAUGAGACGCUCCGGACUGCAUCCGAGACAGGUGUGUCCAAGAUCGCAAUAGAAUAUAGGAGGAGCAUGCUUGUCUAUGAAGCAGCCAAUAAAUACGGUUUAUACGAUCUGAAGGCGUACGCGAAGAAGUACAUUGAGAUGUUCGGCAAGUCGAUGUCCAUUUUCGAUAGAAUGGAGGCUGCAAGAGAGAUAUAUUCCAAACUUCCCAAGGAUGAGAUUUGGCUUACCGGCUACAUCUACAAACAACUUCAAAUUGCUUUCUCACUGGACAGAAACAUAUUUCAGCGCGUUGACUUCUAUGACGGUGUUGGGAAAGACCCUAAUUAUGACAAAGACGUGAUGAAAAUGGUUGUGAACAUCUACUCUGAGGUACUGUCUAGACAGGCCAAUGAGACUACCCUUGAGGGGAGCAUCGCUGAAAAGGGCGCUGCGGAGGAUUGUGCUGCGGAGGACGGUGCUGUGGAAGAUGGUGUCGUGGAAGAGGGUGCUGUGGAAGAAGGUGCUGUGGAAGAAGGUGCUGUGGAAGGUGCUGUGGAAGAAGGUGCUGUGGAGGAUGGUGCUGUGGAGGAUGGUGCUGUGGAGGAUGGUGCUGUGGAGGAUGGUGCUGUGGAGGAUGGUGCUGUGGAGGAUGGUGCUGUGGAGGAUGGUGCUGUGGAGGAUGGUGUUGCGGAAGAGUGCGGUGCUGCGGAGGAUGUUGGAGACGACGGCGCCCUUAAAGAGGCCGUCAACCUCGGCAUUCCCUCACAACCUUCAGGCACAGCACUCAGCUUCGAAUGGGACCACUGGACUUCGAGCAGCAAAAUGGGAGAUUCUUUCUCCGGAUACAGUCAAUGGAAGUAUGAGAAAGACACGAACUCGUUGUAUCCGGAAAACAAAGCUGAGGAGUCGGGCGGGUUCAAUGCUGCUUACGAAGGGAUCAAAUCCAAAAAGAAGAAAGAUAAAAAGAAAAAAAGCAAUAAAGAUAAGAAGGUGGAAGAACUGGCAGAGCCAGUUCCGGAGUGCGGGUGUUAA